GCACCACCUGGCCGGCUGGCCAAAAGCUGUUUACUUCUCGAUGGCUGACCGGAGCACCGUAGAUCUGCCUUCUCUGCAGCUGAUCCCCGGCCUGCCGUAUGACGUCUCUAUGCGUUGCCUGGCUCGGAUCCCUCCUCUAUACCACCCCACCCUCUCUCUAGUCUGCAAGUCAUGGAGCUCGGCGGUGCGUUCGGAUGCGCUCUUCACCGCCCGGUCCCCCUUCCGUACCACUCAGGCCUUCCUCUAUUUCAUCCUCCGAAUCAACUCUUCUUUGCACCUGUACGCCCUCCUCCCAUGCCGGGAACCCAGAAAGGCUGUUUCUCUCCCGUCAAUCCCAUCAGCGCCUAUCGGCGCCGCUUUUGCAGUUCUAGGUCGUAAGAUUUAUGUAAUUGGAGGGUCCAUUAACGAUAUCCCAUCCAACAAGGUGUGGAUUUUCGAUUGCUGGUUCAAUCGUUGGGAAAUGGGGCCGAGAAUGAAGGUCGGGAGGGAGUUCGCGGCUGCAGGAGUAGUGGGUGGGAGGAUAUAUGUGAUUGGCGGCUGUGUUGUUGACAAUUGGGUCCGUUCAAGGAACUGGGCAGAGAUCUUUGACCCUGUUACCGAUUCUUGGUCAGCAUUGCCAAGCCCGAUUGACAUCAAGGACAAAUGGAUGCAUGCCAGCACGGUAAUGGACGGUAAACUGUAUGCAGUGGCGGAUAGGGGUGGGUUGGUGUACAACGUUGGGGUUGGAAGGUGGGAAACUAUCCCGAAGCGGCUAUACAUGGGGUGGAGAGGUCGGCCUGCCGUGGUGGGUGAGGUAUUAUAUUGCUAUGACUGUUUGGGUAACAUUAGGGGAUAUGAUGUGAGGGAAGAUGGGUGGAAGGAGUUGAAAGGAAUAGAGAAGGGGUUACCAAGAUUCUUGUGUGGUGCCACAAUGGCUAGUUCUGAGGAGAAGUUGUGUGUUACAUGGGAAAGGAACGGUAGUAGUGGCAAAGAGGCUGAAAUAAUGUGUGCCCAGAUUAAGGUUGGAAAGGAUGAAAAUGGGGAUAUGCGUGGGAUUCUUUUAUGGUCAGAUAUGAUUCUUAGUGGUCUAAAGGGUUCCUCAGUUGAGCAUUGUAUAGCUGUUCAUAUGUGACGAUGGGUACAGGUGUAUCUUACAGGGGAUGGAAAUCGGGUGUUGUAACUCAUAAAGGUUGUAUUUUUAGUUCAAGUGUAUUUUUGUUUCAAAUAAUGUGUGCAUAGAUCAAUGAAAAGGAUGGGUAUAUGGCUUUAUGUAAAAUUCUCUCAUUUUCAGGCAUGAUUCUUAUUGUUUGAAAUGGCACUUAUACAAAACAUUGUGUCUCAGUUACUAUAGAUAUACUAUAGAGUUCAAAAAAUGAUGUGACCCUCCCUUACAGAUCUUGCUCCACCAUGAUUGCAUACCUCAGAGGAGGACCCGAGUUUUAUAGCUCAAGAAGGUUGUCCUAUUUUGUAAGUGUAUAUUUCAGGCUUUGUUGAAGUGUUGCUUGAGACUUUGUGAUUUUGCUCACUUGUUUGGUGUUUGCUGUAGUUGAGCAGUUUGUAUCCAUGUUAUAUAUAGAUCAAUGAAUGAGCAAAGUUCCUUCACCUGUGACCCUAAUUUGACAAUCUAUUCAUAAUUACAGUAACAUGAACUUGUAAUAAAAUAUUGUCUGGUCUGUUGUGUUAAGCUUUAACCAAGAGUAAAUGAUAGUAGAGAAGUUUCUUUGUAGCUC